CCGACCGGAAGUGGGCUCUCAGUUCGUUUUCGAUUCUCAGAGACGUGAAUCCACGUUUUGGGCUCCACAGUUCUGAAUGGACCGCAAGGCGUCUCUUGUAACCACUUGUACUCAGCUGGUUCUGUUAUGGUUCGUCGGCCUGAAGGCAGCGGAACCGCCUCGUGACGGAGGCGGCUGGUCACUGAACUCAGAGUUCAGGCUGCAGGAUGAAGGUCUCUGUAACAUCGACGUGUUGGACGGCUCGUCUGUCUCUCAUCAACACUUCAUUGAAAGAUACGCGUUCAGAAGGCCGGUGAUCCUCAGACAUGUGACUGACAAUACGCGAUUCAGGUCGCUGUGCUCCAGGUCCAGUUUACUGGAAGAAUACGGCGAGCGGCGAGUUCGUCUCAGCACGGCCAACACGCACUCUUACCGGAAAGUGGACGUCCCUCUGCGGGAGUACCUGGACGCGUGGUUGAGGCCGCAGGCGGCGGACGCCCUCGGCAGCGAGACUCUGUACUUCUUCGGGGACAACAACGUGACGGAGUGGCAGCGUCUCUUCGACCAGUACGAGUUUCCGCCGUACGUUCUGCCAAACACCAGCCGGGCGUACAGCUUCGGCAUCGCAGGUCCUGGAUCCGGCGUUCCCUUCCACUGGCACGGCCCCGGGUUCUCUGAGGUGGUCUACGGGCGGAAGCGCUGGUUCCUCUACCCGCCGGACCAGGAGCCGCACUUCCACCCAAACCGCACCACCCUGUCCUGGGUGACGGAGACCUACCCCCACCUGCCGGAGGGCGAGGCGCCGCUGGAGUGCACCAUCUCACCUGGAGAGGUGCUGUACUUCCCUGACCGCUGGUGGCACGCGACCCUCAACCUGGACACCAGCGUCUUCAUCUCCACCUUCCUCGGCUGAGCCUCCUCCUCCUCAUCACUGUUGUAUGAUGUCACAUUCUACCUGUAACGUAUUUAAGGAGACACAAGAUGAAAUGUCUUCAUAUUUUAAACAGAAUGAGACAAACUACAAAGACAGAAUCAAUAAUAUUCCAGAUUCAUAAAUGAGCUCCAAGCUGUUCAACAUCAGCAUAACACGUGUUUUACACGUCUUUAACAGCGUGAAGGUUCAGACGUCCCACUGCCACCGGAAACACAAAUCAUGACUAAACCGGCUCCUGAAUGAUCCUCCAAUCACGUAUGUGGAGUAGAGGGGGAAAUAUAAAUAUAUAUAUAUAAAUAAUAUAUAUAUAUUAUGUUCAAAAAAUGCAAUAAUCCAAUAGUCGUUUCAAGUUAAUAAAGUCUUUCAGAGAUCUU